AUGAGAGAGAUCGUAAGCAUUCACAUCGGCCAAGCCGGAAUUCAGGUCGGAAAUUCUUGUUGGGAGCUUUAUUGCCUCGAACACGGCAUUCAGCCCGAUGGAUUCAUGAAUAGUGGUAAUUCCCGUGGCUCUGGCGACGACUCGUUCAAUACAUUCUUCAGUGAAACCAGUUCCGGGAAGAACGUUCCGAGGGCCGUAUUUGUCGAUCUCGAACCAUCGGUUAUCGAUGAGGUUCGGAAUGGUGUUUACCGACGGCUAUUCCAUCCUGAACAACUCAUUUCCGGCAAAGAAGAUGCCGCCAAUAACUUCGCUAGAGGACAUUACACAGUGGGCAAAGAAAUUGUUGAUACAUGUCUUGAUCGAGUGCGAAAGUUAGCCGACAAUUGCACCGGCUUGCAAGGUUUUAUGGUCUUUAAUGCCGUUGGUGGUGGUACCGGUUCAGGAUUAGGAUCGUUGCUUUUGGAACGGUUGUCCGUGGAGUAUGGCAAAAAGCCGAAACUCGGCUUCUCAAUCUUUCCAUCUCCGCAGGUGUCGACUGCAGUUGUGGAACCUUACAACAGUGUGUUAUCGACUCACUCGCUUCUUGAACACACAGAUGUGGUGGCGUUGCUCGACAAUGAAGCGAUAUACGAUAUAUGCAGGCGGGCGUUGGAUAUUGACCGGCCAACAUACACGAACUUGAACCGUUUGAUCUCGCAAAUAAUCUCGUCUUUGACUACAUCGUUGAGGUUUGAUGGAGCUAUUAACGUGGAUAUCACGGAGUUCCAAACGAAUCUAGUUCCGUACCCACGUAUCCAUUUCAUGCUUUCAUCAUAUGCACCCGUGAUCUCAUCCGCCAGAGCCUACCAUGAGCAGAACUCGGUGCCUGAGAUCACGACUGCGGUGUUUGAGCCAUCGAAUAUGAUGGCUAAAUGCGACCCGAGACAUGGGAAGUACAUGGCUUGUUGUUUGAUGUAUCGUGGCGAUGUUGUUCCGAAGGAUGUUAAUACUGCUGUUGGUUCUAUUAAGACCAAACGUACCGUUCAGUUCGUUGAUUGGUGUCCGACGGGUUUCAAGUGUGGAAUCAACUACCAGCCUCCGACAGUGGUGCCAGGCGGCGAUCUUGCAAAGACUAACCGUGCGGUGUGUAUGAUAAGCAACAACACGGCGGUGGCUGAGGUUUUCAACCGGAUUGACCAUAAGUUCGAUCUCAUGUAUGCAAAACGAGCAUUCGUGCAUUGGUACGUGGGUGAAGGAAUGGAAGAAGGGGAGUUCUCGGAAGCCCGAGAGGAUCUUGCUGCUCUCGAGAAAGACUACGAGGAGGUCGGUCAAGAUGCCGAGGAGGAGGAGGAGCAAGCGGAAGAGUACUAA